AUGAAAAGUUUCAGAUAUGCAUGUAGCGUUUGGCGCAUCGACUGUGUUCUUGAAGUCUUAUGUGUAUCGCCCAUGAAGAUUACGUGUUCUUUAACUAACAAUAACAAAAGAGGUGGUGAGGUUGUCGUGAAAUGGUUGUGUUUUGUUCGCGCACAGAAUACUAUUGUAAAUACUGUAAUAUCUUUUUUUCCCAGUGUGAGGACGAUUUUACGACAGACGUAUGGCCGUCGGCUUCCUUUGUCCCUUGCGUUGUUGUCUUGUAGAGGAAGCUCGUUUCGACCAUCAAGGUGGCAUCGUUUCAGGUGCUGUAUUCUAUGUGCGGUCAAGAUUCGCCUUGACCAGUUGCUUUGA